AUGUCUGCAGUCAUACUUCACAUUCUCUCCGACGACGACAACAACACAAGCAAGCAACAACCAGACUCUCCCGCUCUAAUCCCCAUCAUGGACAUCAACAAUCCCCAAAGCAUCUUCACCAACACGCUUCCAACCGGCUUCACCACCUCCUUCACCCAGCAACAACUCACCACCGCGACAGCAACACCCUCCCUAACAACCACCGCCCCAACGCCCACCUCCACCUGGAAAUCCCACGCCCCGCACGGCUACAUCGGCGCGAUGACAGGCGGCGUCCUCGGCUUCCUGGCGCUGCUCGUGGUGCUGGGCAUGAGCCUGCACGUGUGGAUGGGUCGAAGGAAGCAGGCGGCGCUGGUGGCGAAGAGUUUGAGUCGGUCGACGACGGGGACGAUGGGGACGAUGGGGGAUGUUUCGGGGGAGGAGGGUGGGAGUUCGGACCAGGCGACGCCGAGGGGUGUGGACGCGGUGGAGUUGGGGGAGAUGGGUGCUCGUCCCAUCUCUCACGAGACGGCGGGUCCAUCUCAUCGCGAUACUCCGGUGGAGAGGCGAUGA